AUGCUGGCGCCGCCUUUUCUAGAACUAUCUCAUUCCACCAUAGCCAUGCUUCAGCACCAGCAGAACACUAACACCACUAAUAACCUUGACAAGACACCUGUUAUCGACUUGGAUAACGUGCUGACCUUGUGGACUACGCUUGCAAACUCUGCUGAGUUUAUUAGAAACGGCAGGCGUUUGGAGAAUAUCAGUUGGCGUGUCGUUAACCGGAGUCUCUUGUUGGACCAGAGCUUCAACUAUAACGAGUUCUCGACGCUACUAAAUAUCUCCACGAGUGACUCCACGGGGAAUGGUCAACCACUUACGCAAAGAAAUCUUCAGAGAAUGGAGAGGCGUAGAAAUCAGAGACAACCCACCAAGAAUGGCAUUUUCUAUAUCAAGGAUUCUCCGUCUCCGGAUGCUUGUUCUGUUGAACCUUCUCAAUUAGUCAAUCAGAAGAUCAAGAUGAAUGGCCAGCAAAGGAUCCAAGAGAUGACUGACCGACCGUCUGAUUUGGUUCAUCCUUCUCAAAGGACCUCUUUAUUUUCUCGAGUCCAUCCUCCAGAAGAACCUCUUGUAGCUAAUCAUACACUGAAACCUAAACAGGGUCCCUCGGACGACCUUCAAAUGCGCCAUUUAUAUCAGCAACAGCUCAAAUAUAACGGAGGUAAUCCACAUUCGCCGAAAUCUGAUACCCAGCAGUCACAGAUUUCUCUCUUUGCUACUGCAAAACGGCCACAGGCUGAAAAGAUUAUGUUUUCACCAUCUGAUGACUCGUCUGAUGGCUCUGAUUGGUCGUCAAUGUCAGAUGAUUCUGACUUCGAUGUCGACAAUGAUGAAGAAGGUAUCACAGAUGGCCGAAGUCGUCAUCAUGAUGGCUCCCUUCUGUUCCAGAAAAAGGAGGUUGGACCAUCACACUUGGACUCCACUCCAUCCACAGAGUCGUUGUCUUCACCUCAGAACGGUUUGAGGAAAUCGCUUCUUAGUGGUCUUUUUUUAAAUGGUAAGCGUGCAAAUGCCCCUGCUUUGAGCACACCGAUUAAUCAACGUCAACAGCGUCAAAUACAGCAGCAGCGGCAGCAGCAGCCGCGAGAACAACAACAGCCGCAACACCUCUCAAGUCCUAAACUCCUCUACUCAAACGGUUCUCCAGACUCGAAUCAUCCUACUGUUCGCCAUGUGAAUUCAUCUGACCUGUCAAACGUGCCCAAGAGAGCCACAGCAUCUAAGAUUACUGUGACUACCAUCGUAUCGAAGUUUUCUCCUCCAAAUAACCCCCGUGAUCUCCUCAGGCGCCAUGCUUCGAGUUCAUCGGUGGUCCCAGUGGCCCCAGUGGCCACGGUGACUUCAGUUGCCUCGGUUGCACCAGUGGCACCUGUAGCUCCAAUUUCUUCUGUGUCCCCAGUGACUCCAGCUGCUCACACCAAAUCAGCAGUUUCCUUGGCAGCAUUCUUCUUCAACAACAGACGUCCUCAUGUUCCUGCACACGGCGAUGUGUCUUCACAUGUGGCACCGAACUCGGCAGCAGAUUUGAACCUUGAUUCUGGCCACUAUGACCGUUUCCACCAGUCCAACGCUCCUCCAACCGCAACAACGUUGCUUCCUACGGCGCUAGCUACUCAUAUGUUUUUACCUACGAUGAGUUUGCGCCAACAGGCACGGGCAAAGUAUGGAGAGCCCAACUGGAUAAGGCAUCGACAAGAGCGACAACGUCUACUGCACGAUCGAGAGUACUCUUUUGAUGGAAACGAAGACUCUGAAUACUCGUCUAGUGUCAGAACUAAUACGUCCUCGAUAGAUAUACCGGGUAGUGUCUUGAGAACACAUCUUCGAGUGCCAAGUGAAAAGCACAGUUUGAAUGAUCAAUCACUGCCCUCUCAACGUCGUCAGCCACGUCAAGCCUCGCCUCAUAGCGAACGACCAAUGCUUGGAAAGUGUAGUAGUUCUUCUGCAUCACGUAUGUCACCGAAAUCCACUCGUAUUGAGAUGCUUUCCAAAGAGUUACCGUUACGGUUGAUGGAUUCUAUCAACAACGAGAACAAGUUGUUGUUUAGUAAGACUUCUAAGGAGGAAGGCCGUCUGUUAACGAGGCUGAAGAGAGUAAAUAACGGCAACGAAACCGUUUAUGACUCAGAUCUAGAUGGUAGAGAGAAUGCUCCAGUGGAUAAAAAGACUAGUAAUAGCGACGAGAAGGAUGAGAGAAAUAAAGGUGAAGACAACGACGAUGACUGCAAUGCAGAAAAUGAGUCUAAUAUCAUAGCUGACGGUAUCAUGGGUAACAAGCUUAAGCUGUUCCAUGUCAGAGAACGAAAUAGACAGAAUAGAGUUGGCUCUCCGCUCCUUUUCAAUGAAGAUGGAUUUGUGAAUGACCAAUUGGUUACUAGUGUGCUGGAACACACGGAUGGUAACCAUGAUAACAACAACAACAAGAUGAAGAAUGAAUGGGAUGACGAUAAUCUUAACUAUCACGCUAGAGGUUGGUAG